UUUAAUGGACAAAAAAUUGCUUUUCUUUCAAAGACAAGGACAUUUCUAAGUGACCCCAAACUUUUGAACAGUAGUGUAUAUUAUAAAACAUAUAUUAUUUGAGCUAUUGUCUAUUCAUGAGGUAUAGUCACGUGAAAAAGUAAGUACAACCCCUGGAAAGUUGUAAUUUGUUUACAUAUUUGGACAGAUGGAUAUGUAAUCUUCACUUCAACACUAUUGACAGAUAAAGGUAACCUAAUUGAACAAAUGACACUGAAAGAUUAUACUUUACAAUCAUUUAUUCAUCAAAUAUCAACAGAAAUGCAAUUCCCUAGUGCAGAAAAAAUAUGUACACCCCUAGCUUCAAUAGCUUGUGUUUCCCUCUUUGGCUGAAAUAACUUCAUGUAGACGUUUCUUGUAACUGUCUAUCAGUCUCUUACAUAGACUGGGGGGAGAUGUUUGCCCACUCUUCUUUACAGUACUGCUUCAACUCUGUCAUGUUCGAGGGCUUUCUUGCAUGCACGGCAUUCUUCAAGUCCCCCCAUACCAUUUCGAUAGGAUUGAGAUCUGGGUUUUCACUUGGUCAUUCCAUAACCCUCCAUUUCUUCUUUAGCCAUUCUGUUGUAGCUUUGCUUUUAUGUUUUGGAUCAUUGUCAUGUUGCAAGAUCCAUGUUCGGUUCAGCUUCAGCUUUUUGACAGAUGGCGUCACAUUCUCCUCAAGAAUUAUCUGGUACAAUAGAGAAUUCAUGGUUGACUCAAGUUGGCCAGGCCCUGAGGCAGCAAAGCAGCCCCAAAAAGCCGAGUCCUAUAUUGAAUGAGUGUUUUCCAACAGUAGCACAAACGGCAACAAACAAAUGUCUCGGCUAUUUCAGCAGGGGAACUUCCAUUCAUCAAAGAAAUGAGAAGAGCAAAGCAUGUUACGUAAGCUGUGCUGUGUGAUUCUACUCAUCAUCCAGAGGGAUACAGAAAGUACACAGGUGAUUGGAGGAUGGAGGACUGUGGUACAGGGGGAGGAUGUGGACUUAUACUGCAGACUGAUAGAGACAACUGAGGACCUCGAACAGAUAACAUGGCAGAAAAGUACUGCGGAAGAAACACAGAACCAUAAUUUUAUGCUGAUUUAUCCCAAUGGGGUUACUAAGUUUAUUGCAGCAAAUGGAUUGAGUGGUAGAGUCCAGUUUAUUGGGAACCCAUCAGAAAACCUUGGAUCUAUUCGAAUAACAGCUGUCAGACUGUUGGAUGAAGGCAUCUUCACAUGUAUCUUCAGUGUUUUCCCCAGUGGAGCAUACAUUACAGAGAUACCUCUGACUGUGCUUGUUCCUCCAGUGGUGAGUGUGACAGUUGAUGUUCCUCCUGUCACUGGGGAGAAUGAGGUUGUCUUGGCAACCUGUGUGGCUGCUGGUGCCAAGCCACAGGCAGAUGUGAAGUGGAAGACAGGGACAUUUGGCAGUUUGUUUAAGACAGUGACUAACUCCAGACAGCACACCAAUGGAACCACCACAGUACUCAGCCACCUGCUCGGGGUGCCAACCAGAGCAGCCAAUCAGCAGCAGGUCCAGUGUGUGGUCAACCAGUCUGCCCUGGCAACAGAAAGGAGCUACAACUACACCAUAGACAUCCACUAUCCACCUCAGACAGUGAACAUCACACUUAGUGAGACCUCUAAAACCACAGUCUUCCUAUGUGUAGCAGAUGGCAACCCACACCCCAACUACACCUGGAGCAGAGUCGUCCAGCCAUGGCCUGGGUCUUCAGUGAAAGCUGAGGGAGACAUACUGCACUUCCUCAGUCUCAACUCUGAGCUGAAUGGUUGCUAUGUCUGUGAGGCCUCCAACCCUUACGGACGAGCAACUGGCUCCCUCUAUGUACACAUAUCCUCUGAGACCUCUGCUGUCUGUUGGGUUCUACUCAAUGUUGUUCUCUGUCUGAUUGUUGCUGCAGCUGCACUCAUAUGGUACCGGUGCAAAUACAGACGGUUUCCUUGGAGUCCAAUCAUAGCCAAUCACCAGUUCCAGGCACGACAACAGGUUGAGGAAGAUGAACCUGGGACGUCUGAGUUCUAACACUCCAAACCAGGAGGGCGGAGAAGGCAGAAGUAACGUGAUUGACCAGGCACUGCAGUGAACAGUAGCUGUUUGACCACUCAAAAAAGGAGAAGAAAGAAGAAGGAAGUCAGUGAAAACCACAGUUUUGUUGCAAUCACCAAACUUGCAUAAGAGAUAAAGAAUGAUAUUUAGAAUGUCUGUUAGACGGUUAGCAGUUGUUUCCUUCCUGAGAAUAAAUGUUUAACUACUCUCUCUA